AUGAAGAAGAAAACUGUACAUACCUUAAAUGUGGGCAGUCAAGAGUAUGAAGAUACAGAAGGCGAAGGAGACAGAAAUAAUACUGUUACCACUGUUCUGUUGUACAAUGAAGCCGACAAAUGUCCAAUAUGUCUUAAUUGCCUAUUGGAGAAAGAAGUUGGUUUUCCAGAAAAUUGUAAUCAUGUCUUCUGUAUGACCUGUAUUCUUACAUGGGCAGAGACAUUGGCUUCAUGUCCUAUUGAUCGAAAACCUUUUCAGGCAGUGUUUAAAUUCAAUGCAUUGGGAGGUUGUAUUAAGGUUCAAGUAAAAAGACGGCCAGGAAAAACAACAGACAAGAAAAAUGAAAGCUCUUUUAAGAAACAGCUCUCCUGUUAUGAAAAUUCUAAAAGCUGUAUAAGAAAAAAAGCUAUCAUAAGAGAAGAUCUAUUAAGUACACAAUUAUGUGACUUGAAGAUGAUACAUAGAAACUCUUCAUACAGGGAAACAGGGGAAAAGAAAAAUGCAACAAUAAAGAUAAAUAAGCCUCAAAGAUCAAACUGUACAAAUCAAUGCUUCAGAAGUUUUUUCUCCAAUAUAUUUUCUUCUAGUAGUCACACUGGAGAAUCUUCUUAUAUCCAUAGAGCAUACUGUACAGAAUUUGUAGAAGUCAGUGAAAUCAGUGCAGUGAUUAGGGAGAAAAGACGAGAACUGGAAUUUUCAUGGUUUCAUGAUACAGUACCGGGACUUGGAAGAAAUGAUUUUAUACCCUGGAAUAUUGAAACUGAAGUCCUUCCUCUCGUCUCUUCUGUGUUUCCAAGAACUAUAUUUCCAACAAGUACUAUAUCUUUAGAAAAUUUUGGUACUUCUUGUAAGGGAUAUGCAUUGGCACAUACUCAAGAAGGAGAAGAGAAGAAGCAAACUUCUGGCACAUCAAAUACCAGAGGAUCGAGGAGAAAACCUGCAGCCACAACUCCUACAAGAAGAUCUACACGUAACACGAGAUCUGAAACAGUUAGUCAGUCUCAGAGGCCCCCAGUAUCAAAUAAUUCUGAAUGUGAUGCCCCAGAUGGCAGUAAUCCAUCUGUAAGUGUUUCCUCUUCAGCUGAGUCAGAAAAACAAUUGAGACAGCCUCCAAAACGGAAAUCUGUAAGAAGAGGGAGAAAACCACCUAUACUGAAAAAGAAAUUACGGAGCUCUGUACCCCCCCCUGAAAAAUCAUCUUCCAGUGAUUCAGUAGAUGAAGAAACAGUAGAAUCUGACACACCACCUGUGUUAGAGAAAGAGCACCAAUCAAACAUAGCAAGUAGUAACACUUGUACUGUGCAGACAGAUGCAGAAAAUAAGUCUGCUAAUGGCUUGAGAAAUUGGAGUGAACAUACAGACACACAUGAGGAACAUACUGACAACCAUGAUAUAGAGGAAACAGUAAAGGCUUCAUAUUCUGAGGCUUAUACCCAAGAUCUUCCUAUGCUAGUUGGAGUGGAAGAAGAAAUUCAAGAAGUUGAGAAUACAGGUAUAGAGGCUUUGUGUAUAGAAAGUGACAUUUCUAAAAAUAUUUCUGAAAAAGGAGGUGAUCUGUUGGAAAAUCAAGACCAAAUAGCUGGACCUUUAGAAUCAGAGGUAAAAACGGAUACGUGCAUGGAUCAUCCUCCAAAUGAUUUUCUUAAAUGUUCAGGAUCUGAAAUUGAGUUACACCAACCUGUAUCUAGUCCUGUAGGUGAAUUAUCAGAGAACACUGAGUCAGUGGUUAACGAAGAAAAAAUUAAAGAGAGUCUUAUAGUAGAAAUUACUGAUUCUAAUAAUAAAGAUUCUACAGUAAUAGAUUCUAAUAAUAAAGAUUCUAUAGUAAAAACAGAGCAGCUUUUAGAGAGUUCCAAGUUAGACUCUUCUGAGGAUGAAAAUAUACAAACAGUGGACAGAAAAUCCACUGAGAGCUCAGAGGUUCAGUUGCUUCAGGAUAUUGAAACUAAAGAUGCAGAAAUAAUUGCAGAGUGUGAUAGUUCAGGGAAAGAAGAUUUCAAUAGUACAGAAGACUCUGAAAGUAAUUUAUCAAAGAAUGAUCUUGACAAUACAAAAUUAGACACAUGUUUAGAAGAAAAGAGAGAAUCUCUGGGUGAACAUCUCAUAUCUACAGAUUUGCCUAACACACACACUGAAAAGAUUCAGAAGUAUUUUAGUGAGGACAAUAAUGAAAUGACACCUAUGGACUGUGAUUCAUUUUGUAGUGACCAGAAUGAAUCUGAAGUUGAACCAUCUGUAAAUGCUGAUUCAAAGCAAGUGAAUGAAAAUUCUGUGGAGCAUAGUACUGAAAAUAAUAUACUACCUUCUGAUCCUGUAAACAAAAAGGAUGAAACUGUGUCUCAACCACAUGAAAGCCCAAUAAAUAUAGUAGAUAAAGCCAAAAAGCCUCGUACUCGAAGAUCUAGGUUUCAUUCCCCAUCUACAACUUGGUCUCCCAACAAAGACACUGCACAAGGAAAGAAGCGAUCUCAGUCUCCAUCUCCUAACAAAGAAACUGGAAAAGAAAGCAGGAAGUCUCAAUCACCAUCUCCUAAGAAGGAAUCCACAAGGGGACAGAGGAAAUCUUGUUCUCAGUCCCCUAAAAAGAAUGUUGCAAGAGAAAGGAGGCAAUCUCAGUCUCAUUCUCCAAAAAGAGAUAAUACUCGGGAAGGCAAAAGAUCCGAAUCACUCUCCCCAAGAAAAGAAACAUCUAGAGAGAACAGAAGAUCUCAGUCCAGAGUAAAAGAUUCUUCUCCAGGAGAAAAAUCCAGGUCCCGGAGCAGAGAAAGAGAAUGUGAUAGAGAUGGGCAGAGGAGAGAUCGAGAUAGAGAAAGGAGAACCAGAAGGUGGUCUAGGUCCAGAUCUCAUUCUAGGUCACCAUCAAGAUCUAGAACAAAAAGCAAGAGUUCAUUGUUUGGUAGAAAUGAUAGAGCCAAUUACUCUCCUCGGUGGAAGGAAAGAUGGACAAGUGAUGGUUGGAGAUGUCCACGAGGAAAUGAUCGCUACAGAAAGAGUGACCCAGAGAAACAAAAUGAAAAUACAAGGAAAGAGAAAAAUGACAUCAGUCUGGAUACUGAUGAUCUCAAUUCUGACAAACGUAGAAAUGACUGUCCCAGUUGGGUCACAGAAAAAAUAAAUUCAGGGCCUGAUCCAAGGACCAGAAAUCCAGAAAAGUUAAAAGACACUCACUGGGAAGAAAAUAGAAAUGAAAAUUCAGGGAAUUCUUGGAAUAAAAACUUGGGUUCAGGUUGGAUGUCUAAUCGUGGCAGAGGUAACCGUGGCAGAGGCACUUAUAGAGGUGGUUUUGCCUACACAGAUCAGAAUGAAAAUCGGUGGCAGAGUCGUAAACCCCUUUCAGGAAAUUCAAAUAGUUCAGGGAAUGAGUCCUUCAAGUUUGUGGAACAGCAACCCUACAAACGGAAAAGUGAACAAGAAUUUUCAUUUGAUACACCAGCAGAUAGAUCAGGGUGGACGUCUGCAUCUAGUUGGGCUGUGAGAAAGACUCUCCCGGCAGAUGUACAAAACUAUUAUUCACGAAGAGGGAGGAAUUCUUCAGGUCCACAGUCCGGAUGGAUGAGACAAGAAGAGGAAACAGCUGAACAAGAUUCUAACCUGAAAGACCAAACAAACCAACAAGGUGAUGGUUCUCAGCUACCUAUAAAUAUGAUUCAACCACAAGUGAAUGUAAUGCAGCAACAAAUGAAUGCACACCACCAGCCUAUGAAUAUCUUCCCUUAUCCAGUGGGUGUUCAUGCUCCUUUGAUGAACAUCCAACGUAAUCCAUUUAACAUUCAUCCUCAGCUGCCCUUGCAUCUCCAUACAGGAGUGCCUAUCAUGCAGAUACCGCCUCCUACCAGUGUAUCUCAGGGACUGCCACCACCACCUCCCCCUCCCCCACCAUCCCAACAAGUCAGCUACAUUGCUUCACAACUAGAUGGAAAGCAAUUACAGGGUAUUCCCAGUGCUUCUCAUGUAAGUAAUAACAUGAGUACACCAGUCUUGCCUGCUCCAGCAGCAGCCCCAGGAAAUGUGGGAACAGUUCAGGGACCAAGUUCUGGUAAUACUUCAUCAUCAAGUCACAGCAAAGCCUCUAAUGCUGCUGUAAAUUUGGCAGAAAGCAAAGUAAGUGUUACAGUGGAAGCCAGCGCAGAUAGCUCGAAGACAGACAAGAAAUUACAAAUUCAAGAAAAAGCAGCUCAAGAGGUAAAAUUGGCCAUUAAACCGUUUUACCAAAAUAAAGAUAUCACCAAGGAAGAAUAUAAAGAGAUUGUACGGAAAGCGGUAGAUAAAGUCUGUCAUAGUAAGAGUGGAGAAGUAAAUUCUACUAAAGUGGCAAAUCUGGUCAAAGCCUAUGUAGACAAAUACAAAUAUUCACGGAAGGGGAGCCAGAAGAAAAACCUGGAGGAACCUGUGUCAACUGAAAAAAACAUAGGCUGA